GAGUGAGGAAAAUCGUACCACACAGUCAGAGCAGAGCAGUCAGUGCAUUGGUGGUGAAGAGAAGACACCUUUCAGGAUGAGCAACGCUUUUUAAAUCGAAAGAAAAUCGGUGAUCUUUUGACGGUGAAUUGCGAUUCAAAUACAUUAAUUCGAGUGAAGGUUUUGCCCGGUGAAAAUCAGUGCUAGUGAAACUGGAACACAUUUGUGCAAAGCUGCAGACAAUGCAUUACAAUUCGUUCAAUUGUAAGCAAAACAUCCUGGAGUACUACACCUGUCACGGUGGAGUUAACCAGUUGGGUGGAGUCUUCGUGAAUGGGCGCCCCCUACCGGACCUGGUCAGGCAACGAAUCGUCGAACUCGCCCACAACGGAAUCCGUCCCUGUGACAUUUCCCGGCAGCUGCGCGUCAGCCAUGGUUGCGUCUCGAAGAUUCUGUCCAGAUAUUAUGAAACGGGAAGCUUCAAGGCGGGUGUCAUCGGUGGAUCCAAACCGAAAGUGGCCACGCCUCCAGUGGUAGAUGCAAUAGCUGCCUAUAAGCUGCAGAAUCCAACUAUGUUUGCGUGGGAGAUUCGCGAUAAGCUGCUUGCGGAUGGAAUCUGCGUCCAUGACAACGUUCCCAGCGUUUCGUCCAUCAAUCGAAUCGUUCGCAACAAAGCGGCGGAGAAGGCCAAGUACAGCUCCCGCAUCGAUUCCAGCAUGCAGGACAGCGCCCCCCGUGGCGUUUCCCGGCAAAGCGGAGGAAGUCAACAGCAACAGCAGCAGCAACAACCGAGCCAAGGUCCACCACCGCCCCAAUCGCAAUCGGCCCAGGAAUGCAUGAACCAAUCCAUGUCCGACACGGAGGGAAUGAUGAAAAGCUCCCAGUCGCAGUCGGCCGAUAGUGUGGGGGCUUCGGCUUCAUACUCUAUCAACGGGUUGCUUGGAUUGUCGCAGAAAUCACUGUCUGGGACUAGUUCCAAACGGCGCAAAAUUAAGGAAGAGCCAGAUUUACGAAGCGGUCUCUUGGGCAGUAUUAAACGUGAUAAGGUACUAAAUCCGCACGGAUGGCAUCAAUCAGACACCAAAGAUAUUUCGGACUAUGAACACAUGAAACCAAUUGACCAGGACAAGAGCAACGAUCUUUAUACCGGCGUGGACUUUGUUAGUUCGAUGGCAAUGUCCAGCGAGGACAACUCCGACAAUCAAUCGAGCUUUUCCAUUAGAGGUGAGAAACCGCACAAAUACCAUCGAGCGGAGGACGCCCUCUCGGUGGGGGUGAUCAUAGAAGACGACACGUCCGCCCGCAAGCAACAGCAACAUCAACCGCAUCCAUCCGAACUCACCAAAGUCCCGGAAGGUUACGAGAAGAUUCUUACCAGCGAAAUGAUUGCCGCCUCUUCGGCUGCCGCAGCAGCAGCGGCAGCGGCCGCCGCUUCCAUAGGUGGCAGUAGUGGCGGCCUUAAGCGAUCCGAAGCCUCCCAAAUGACGCAGUCCAUCGAAUUCCUCAGCGACAUGAACAACAACAUUUCGCAAAAUCAGAACCAGAGCUUCCCCACGACGAGCUACGAGGCGGCCACCGGGUACAGUACCGGCGAACCGUCCGAAGCAGCCGUCCUCAAUCCGCACAUUGCCUGCUCGUCCAACUAUUCGGCGUUCCUGCAGAAUACCGAUCAGUUUGCAGCGGCCAAUCCGGAACUGAUCUUCCCCACAGCUUACACUCAAUACGCCCCAGGUUACGGCUCGUUCAACUACAACACGGCAUUCACGAACAACAACCUUUGUCGAGACUUGGGACAGAUCCACUACCCGGAGGAGCAGUAGCCCUAAUGGAGCAACGGCCGACCCUGCAUACGACGAAUACAUGGCAAUGAAACGAUUCUACAAAACAACAAGAGUAAAACGAAUUUCACAACCGCUACAAAGAAAUUUGGCAUUUAAUAGCACACACACAAACAUCCAAAACACAACUUUAGAAUGAUUUGAGAGAUGAUGAGUAACUAAUAUUUGAGAAACAUGACAAAUUAUAUAAGUGACAUUACAGAA